CAAAACAUCUCCGAGCUCAGAAAACGGUAGUUUGGACCCUCGAAUAAAUGCAGCCGAAGUAAUAGUCAUAUUCCGAACCAAGUUGAUUGAGAACAUGAGCCAUAAGAUCUUCUUCUGCAAUCGGACUCUGAUUAAGCGCAAGAUCAUUGGCAAUAGAGUGCAUCUCAUGAAGAUACUCGUUAAUAGGCCGAUUCCUGCGCGGAUUCUUCCCGAGUUUGGAUUUAAGGGCGAGAAUAUGACCGUGACUCGCACUCGCAAAGCUGGAGUGAAGAUUGAGCCACGCUUCACGAGCCGUGUUGACAUUGGAGAUGAGGGGUUGGAUGGUGUCGGUGCAACUACCCAAAAGAGCACCGACAAUGGCUUGACCUUGUCGAAACCAAACCAAAUAGCACGGGUUGGCGGAGCCAUCGACCGUCGUUGGGGGGGACGUGAGUGUCCCGUCAACAUAGCCUAGGAGAUUAAGGCCAAUGAGAGUGGAGCGAACUUGACGUUGCGAGAUGGGAAAAUUGGUGGUGAUCAGUUUGAUCGGAAAAUGUGUCUUUGCAUGAAGUUGGACAAUGGGUGUAUCUUUAGUGAUAAAACAAUUAAUGUGGCAUUGCGAUCGAUGCCGAUAGUGCAAAGUGUGACGGUGGUGUCGGCGACUUGAGAUGACUACUCGAUUUUCGUGUGGCGGUGGCGGCAGCUCCAAGUGGACAGCCCGCAGCUAAUUAGUUUUGAGCAUGAUUUGGUUCUUGAAAUUGAAGUCAGAUUUUUGUGGACUUGGAAUAUGAUAUUACUUGGUAGAAGGUUAUUACCGUUCUUAUAUGAAUGAUAUUCAACUGUCUAUCAUGUUGUUUCUAAUAAUUUUUUAUGUUCAAG